AUGUAUAAUAUUCAACCACCAUUUUCAACGAUGCGUUGGACACCUUUUCGCAACAGCGAAGAAUACAACAAGAACGACGAAAUCAGGGCUAUCGAUUAUUUGCAAUUUACGAAAGUAAUCGAUUACGAUCCAAUUUUCGAAAGACAA